AUGUUACCUCAAACUGUUUUCAAUUCAAUUUUACUAGCCUUAUUGGCAAAUGGUGCAGCUAUUCCAAAUAAUAUUGAAGAUGUUGAACCAUGUUCAACCAGCUAUACGACAUUAACAAAUCCAACUGUGACUGCCACACUUCCAACUGCCUCAGUUCCAACUGUGUCUACUCUAUCAACUUCUGUCACUUCAAAUGACGGUUGUGUCUGUUCAUUAUCAAUUUCACGUCCAAGUUUAUCAAUCUUACCAACUUCAAUUACCAGUGGUAUUGGAACAACAAUAUCAGUUCCUCCAGUUUCACUCCCAUCUCCACAACCUUCCGAAGGAACAACAUCAAUUCCACCAGUUCCACUUCCAUCUCCACAACCUUCUGAAGGAACAACAUCAAUUCCACCAGUUCCACUCCCAUCUCCACAACCUUCUGAGGGCGAACAAGAAGAGAGAGAUUGA